UCACCAAAGAGAAAAUGAACUCCAAAUUAGUUGUACUAGCUUCAUUAUUAUUAAUAGUUGUAGUCUGCAGCGCUAAAGAAGACCAAGCAAAGCAAAAUACUGACGAUGAUAAGGAACAGUACGACUUUGCUAUUACUAGCCGUAUGGAAGAAGAUGAUGGAGACGUAGUGCGAUUUAAUGAAAGAGACCAAGAGAUUGAAGAGUUGAAAGAAGAUUUGCAACAUCUUAAGAAAGCAUGGUGGGGCCGACGUCGCCGUCGUCGUCGUCGUCGUCGCAGUACUACUGACACAAAUGUUCGCUUUCUUGGGAAAAAAAAAUCCAAUUAAUGCAUUAACCAGGCUGAUGUUAUGCAAGAAACUAGUCAUAAUUUUAAAUAGACCUUCGUUAAGAAUCUGUUCGUAGAAUAUCACUUAGCUUAUUUCAGUCAUGAUCACUAGCCAACUACCUUAUCUAAUUUGUUACUAAGUUAGUAGUAUUUGAUUGUCAUGUCAACAAUCCUAUUGCGAUUGCUGUAUUAAAUGAUUUCGCUAAUAUUUGUAUGGUAAAAUCAUUAAAGAUAAUUUCAACUGUAAUCUUAUGCUAGUC